GGCCCUCGAGUCGCACAUUUCUCCGUCGGGACUUAUUCCAGUCGACCUCAAGCUGCGUGUUCGGUGGCGGCGCGGAGAAUUUGGAAUAUACUCGGAGACCGUCGCGACGUCGGGUUGGGGAAGCGCGGCAGGCCCGCCGCUCGCACCGGAGAUCGCGACGCGACGGAGCGUAUGGCGCGGGAGGGGGGAGGGGAAGAGGACGGGCCUGCGAGCUUAGAGUCGUCAUUCGUCGAACAAGAAGAGCCGAGGACUCGUUCACUGCAUCAGCGAUCGCACGCAAUUCGCCCUUCGGUCGAUCGAUCGAUCGAUCAAUCUCGUGAGAGAGCGAGAGGAGAGGAGCGGAAAUUGGAGCAGCUAGCAGCCAGGAAUCAUGACGAUGGGCGCGGGAGCACGAGCGGGAUCUCGUCUGCUGCAAGCAGCUCGAUCCUCCGCGCUUCUGCCCGCAGCUAAGCCCUCGAAUUUCUCGGCGACUCGCACUUUCGCUGCUGAUCACGGGCACGGGCCCGUGAGAGUGAACAUCUGGGAGGAUCCCACCAGCCCCUCCAAGUGGAAGGAAGAGCACUUCGUGUUCGUGUCGCUCGCCGGGUGGGGUUUGCUUUUCUAUGGUGGGUACAAGGCUGCCACCGGCGGGAGCAAGAAGGCCGAGAGCAAGUAGGCUUGGCCUUCUCUGUAUUACUCUCUUAUGUCUUUCAGCUAUGAUUUUAGGGAUCUCGAGAUUCUGGAGCUGUUCGUCCUGUAUUUCCGAAGGUACGAGUCAGGGAUCCUCUUACGGCUGAGCAGCUUUUCGACUUUCAAGGCAUGGAUUAGGUUUUCUUCGACGGUUGUUCAGCUGUUGCAGCUGCCAAUUCUGAAAAUGCGCUGGAUGGCGACCGGAUUGUGAGAUAAGCAGUGAUUAGGGCUAGGCGAUUCCAGCCUGCAUCACCACACGCAGAGGCUGAGAAUCAGCUUUUUAGGGUGGUGCCGAAGCGAACGUUCAUCGACACAGGAAAGGAUUGGAACAAGGCCCAAUCUUUGACUAAUAAAACUGUUUUUCCAUCUCAAGGGAAUCGUUUUGACACGCGCAUAUACUGAGAUUUCUCCAGUGCAAAUUCUGCUGGCUCAGCCCCUCGUGAAGUUUCAAAUGUUUGCAUCUGGCCUGCUGUGAUCGCUGUCAACUUCUUCAGUGUGGGUUCGAACUUUACCCUCUCGUAGAUCAUCAUCAUCGUAGAGGUUCAAUCAAUCUAGCUGCCACGUUGUUCGUUUGCACUAGUUGCUGUAGUGAAGUCCAGUCGCAUGCACAUUUUUUCUUGGAUUCGAUUUGAGGAUCUGGGUUAGACUUCAUAGUGUCAGAUUCCCUGACUUUCAAGCAUGUGUCAAAGUGUCGUCGUUAGUGUAAUGUGGACGGGUGGCAAAGAUGAACUUGUCGUCUGAAUCGGCGUGGUGGAAUCUCUAUUUGGAAUUAUGGUUGUACUCGGUCAUC